UAGUCUUCCCCUGCCCCCUACCCUUCAGCGCCUGCCCCUCCCCAGCUCCCUAUUUGGCCAUCCCCCUGACUGCCCCCUCCCCUUCCUUACAUGGUCUGGGGGCUCCCUGGCUGAUCCUCUCCCCUGCCCUUGGCUCCAUGAAUGGCCUCGGCAGUCCUAGCGGGUGCGAAGGGGACCAAAUAAGGCAAGGUGGCAGACCGGGCCCCCCACCCCUGCCCCCGGCUGCUCCAACUGACCCUGUCCAUCAGCGUUCUAUAAAGCGGCCCUCCUGGAGCCAGCCACCCAGAGCCCGCCGCCGCCGGAGCCGAGCCGACCCGCCCCGCCAACGAAGCCCCUGAAGCUGUGCCAAGAUGUGUGACGACGAGGAGACCACCGCCCUGGUGUGCGACAACGGCUCUGGGCUGGUGAAGGCCGGCUUUGCGGGCGAUGACGCGCCCCGCGCUGUCUUCCCGUCCAUAGUGGGCCGCCCGCGGCACCAGGGAGUUAUGGUGGGUAUGGGUCAGAAGGACUCCUACGUAGGUGAUGAAGCCCAGAGCAAGAGAGGCAUCCUGACCCUGAAGUAUCCCAUCGAGCAUGGUAUCAUCACCAACUGGGACGACAUGGAGAAGAUCUGGCACCACACCUUCUACAACGAGCUCCGUGUGGCUCCCGAGGAGCACCCCACCCUGCUCACAGAGGCCCCGCUGAACCCCAAGGCCAACCGGGAGAAGAUGACUCAGAUCAUGUUUGAGACCUUCAAUGUCCCUGCCAUGUACGUGGCCAUCCAGGCAGUGCUAUCCCUGUAUGCUUCUGGCCGUACCACAGGCAUUGUUCUGGACUCUGGGGAUGGUGUAACUCACAAUGUCCCCAUCUAUGAGGGCUACGCUUUGCCCCAUGCCAUCAUGCGUCUGGAUCUGGCUGGUCGGGACCUCACUGACUACCUCAUGAAGAUCCUCACUGAGCGCGGCUACUCCUUUGUCACCACUGCUGAACGUGAAAUUGUCCGUGACAUUAAAGAGAAGCUGUGCUAUGUCGCCCUGGAUUUUGAGAAUGAGAUGGCCACAGCUGCCUCUUCCUCCUCCCUGGAGAAGAGCUAUGAACUGCCUGAUGGCCAAGUCAUCACUAUUGGCAAUGAGCGCUUCCGCUGUCCUGAGACGCUCUUCCAGCCCUCCUUCAUUGGUAUGGAAUCUGCUGGCAUCCAUGAAACAACUUACAAUAGCAUCAUGAAGUGUGACAUUGAUAUCCGCAAGGACCUGUAUGCCAACAAUGUCUUAUCUGGAGGCACCACUAUGUACCCUGGUAUUGCUGAUCGUAUGCAGAAGGAAAUCACUGCUCUGGCUCCUAGCACCAUGAAGAUUAAGAUUAUUGCUCCCCCUGAGCGUAAAUACUCUGUCUGGAUUGGGGGCUCCAUCCUGGCCUCUCUGUCCACCUUCCAGCAAAUGUGGAUUAGCAAGCAAGAGUACGAUGAGGCAGGCCCAUCCAUUGUCCACCGCAAAUGCUUCUAAGAUGCCUUCUCUCUCCAUCUACCUUCCAGUCAGGAUGAUGGUAUUAUGCUUCUUGGAGUCUUCCAAACCACCUUCCCUCAUCUUUCAUCAAUCAUUGUACAGUUUGUUUACACACGUGCAAUUUGUUUGUGCUUCUAAUAUUUAUUGCUUUAUAAAUAAACCAGACCAGGACUUGCAACCUAUAAAA